AUGCCACCUACCCGGCCGCGGGGGAGCGCGGGGAGGCGGGGCGCGGACCGCGCGGUAGGGGCUGCAGGCGACGGGCGGCAGGUGCGAGGCCGGAGCGCACUGCCGGCUCCCGGGAGGCAGCGGCUUCACUGCUCCGCGCCCCCGCCCAGCCUUUUAUCUCGGGCGCGGGAGGCGGCCCCAGCCCCGCCGGAUAUUUGCAUACGGGCCGCCCGCCUCUCGCCUCGCUCCAGCCGGGGGCCGGAGACCCGGGGAGCAGGUGGAGGCGCCGGGCCGGAGGGCGCGGAGGGGCCGCGCGGGGUCUCCAGUCCCCUACGCGCGCGGGCUGGGGCCCUGGGGGCUUCUGCGGCGCGUCCCACAGGGUCUCCAGCCGUACGACUGCGCUGCCGCGUCCCGGACGCGUGGACGGCUGAGCCGAGCGGGAGUCGGGAAAGGGCUCGGAGCUCGGAACCACCCUGCCCUCCCGCUGCGGCCGCCGCAGCCCCGCCUGGUCACCCGCUCUCGCCUCACAGUUACAGGUCUCUUGUUUGGUGGAAGCCUGCUGAGUCUAUUGGCAGAGUGAAGCCAUUGCAACAUGUGACAGCAUACAAGAUCCUAAAAGCCCUGCAGCUCCCUGGAGCCAUCUUCUGGAGGAACGUGCGCACGCGUUCCGGCGCCCGGAAGUGCGCCAUCAGCCGGCGCCAGCGGCCGCACGCUGGCGGAGCAGGGGCUCUGAGGGCCGGGGACUCCGGUGCUCGAGCACGCUGGUAG